CAAGGUCACCUACAAACCUUGGGCCCCGUUCCUAGCCUCAGUUCACAGUUGCCUCUGCCAGGGAGGUGGCAGCGCCCGUGUCUCCAGUCUGAGUGGUGAGACAGAAGAACCAAGAGCCAUGCAGGGUGUUGGGGCCCUGCUCCUGCUGCUGGCCGCCUACCUGGCCGUGAGUGUGAAUCCUGUGCCGAUGCCGCCAGACAACAUCCAAGUGCAGGAGAACUUUGAUGAAUCCCGGAUCUAUGGGAAAUGGUUCAACCUGGCUACGGGCUCCACGUGCCCGUGGCUGAAGAGGAUCAAAGACAGGCUGAGUGUGAGCACAAUGGUGCUGGGCAAGGGGACCACGGAGACACAGAUCAGCACAACCCACACCCACUGGCGGCGAGGGGUGUGCCAGGAGACCUCAGGGGUUUACGAGAAAACAGACACGGCUGGGAAGUUCCUCUACCACAAGUCCAAAUGGAAUGUAACCAUGGAGUCCUAUGUGGUCCACACCAACUAUGAUGAGUAUGCCAUCAUUCUAACUAAGAAGUUCAGCCACCACCAUGGACCGACCAUUACUGCCAAGCUCUAUGGGAGAGAGCCGCGGCUGAGAGACAGCCUCCUGCAGGAAUUCAGGGAGAUGGCCCUGGGCGUAGGCAUCCCCGAGGAUUCCAUCUUCACAAUGGCCAACAGAGGGGAAUGUGUCCCUGGUGACCAGGCACCAGAGUCCACCCCAGCCCCGAGGGCCCGGCGGGCUGUGCUGCCCAAAGAAGAUGAAGGAUCAGGGACGGGACAACCAGUAACUGAUUUCACCAAGAAAGAAGAUUCCUGUCAGCUGGGACACUCGGCAGGUCCCUGCCUGGGGUUGUUCAAGAGAUAUUUCUACAAUGGCUCCUCCAUGGCCUGUGAGAUCUUCCAAUAUGGCGGCUGUCUGGGUAAUGGCAACAACUUCAUCUCGGAGAAGGAGUGCCUGCAGACCUGCCGAACUGUGGCGGCCUGCAAUCUCCCCAUUGUCCAUGGCCCCUGCCAAGGCUCGACCCAGCUCUGGGCAUUUGACGCCGUCCAGGGGAAGUGUGUCCUCUUCACCUAUGGGGGCUGCCAAGGCAAUGGCAACAAGUUCUACUCGGAGAAAGAGUGCAAGGAGUACUGUGGUGUCCCUGGAGAUGGAGAUGAAGAACUGCUUCGAUUCUCCAACUGAUGGCUGGAGGGUGGCCGCUGUUCAUGCUGGAGCAGGCUGAGCCAAGUGACCUGGGUCCAAAUAAAACCAGACUGUACAUUGUUGGA